ACAAGGUUGCAAAACCCAAAAAAUGUCCCUUUAGUCACUGAAGCUGCGCAAACGAAAACAUGUGCAAUGUGGCGUGUCUCGUAAUGUUCGCUGUAAUGGCAACUAUUGCUGAUUACGGAGUAUCAUUACAAGACAAAGAAGUUAACAACAGGAGCCGCAAAGUUUUGUUUAGUUCUGAAUUUCUCACAGAAGCUUCUUUGCCAGAGCACCAAAUAUUAAAACGAAGUCCUCGACGAACUAUAGUUUAUAUAAAAAAGCUGCAAAAAAGGAAACAGAUCAUUAAGUGCUGCGGCAUAAAACGAUGCACCAGCAACAGCACCAAAUCUCAACCAGGAAGAAAUGUGCCUACGAAAACAACAAAAGUUGGUCAAAAAGGGACCACUUUGGUGCCAGGGAAGGCAGCGACUACUCCUGCUAGAGGAAGCAACCCUCCAGUAGACCCAGCGGGACCCACUGAUCCGGGCGGAGCACCAAUUCCCCCAGGAGAAACACUCGGCCCAGGAGAAACUCUCGCUCCAGGCGAAAAUCUUGCGCCAGGACAGACAAUCCCAGGUUUAAACCCAGCUGUUCCUGGAGCGACAAUAGAUCCAUCUAAUCCAGGUGCCACCUUGGGACCUGGUGAAACGCCAGCGCCAGUAACCGACGCCGCCGGAAAUACGAUUUUACCUCCGGAGACGGUGCCUGGAGAAACCACUCUUUUCCCUGGAGCUCCUGCAGGCACCGGGCCAAUCAACCCGCUAGACACGACUGCAGUUCCUGGAGCUACAUUGGGGCCGACGGUUCAAGGUGGAACUACAAAUGCCCCCGCACCAGGCGCAACGACAAAUAAUGCUUCAACUAAUUCAACUGGUGCAGCAACCACGGUUGUUGGCGGGUUGUCAACUGCUGCCCCGACGACACCUCCGCCACCUUGUUAUAACUCUAAAUCAAAUUACACUUUUUCGGUGGAUAUGCUAAGCUGGGGGAAAGCAAGAGUUGAGUGUCAAAAGAAAGGAAUGGAUUUGGCGAAUUUGGAGACGGUGGAAGAGAACGUUUGCGUCAAGCAUUUAAUCUCGACUAACAAAAAAACGAGCACAAUUUACUUGAUGGCUUUGAACAAAAUGGGCCAGUUGAACUACACGCAGUGGUUGAGCGGCCAAGCAUUGACCUACAAUGACUGGAAGGCGGGCGAACCUGCCGCCUUUGCUACCGAAGAUUGCGCUGUGAUUUGGGAAGACAAAUGGGCUGACGCUCCUUGCGUUGAUUUACACAAUUACAUUUGUGAAACGCCUCAACCUUUCGACAUGUGCUCAAAUGAGAAACCAUUUUUCAUUUCAACCAACAAGCUGAGUUUUGACGACGCUCGGGCUGAAUGUCUAAAAACUAAAAUGGAUUUGGUCAGCUUGGAAACGCCUGACCAGAACAUUUGCCUUCAACGCCAACUCGCUUCUUUAGGGAUGGACAAGGACACGGUGCACAUCGGACUGACCAUGGAGGGCAUGAAAAACUACACGGCCUGGGUGAACGCAAAACCUCUCACUUACACGGACUGGUCUCCGGGAAAUCCCGCGCAAUUCGGAACUGAAAAAUGCGCCGGCUCUUAUUUGUACCACUGGUUGGAUAUUCCGUGCACCGGCGCUUAUAAUUACGCGUGUGAGGACACAGUCAUUUUAGACCCUUGUUUCAACAUGACCACAACUCACUUUUUAUCAAAUGACACACAAACUUGGGCUAAUGCGAGACUUGAAUGCAAGAAAAAGGGAAUGGAAUUGACUUCGAUGGAGACGCCGCAGGAAAAUAUUUGCGUCAAAUCUAUUUUGAAGGCGGCAGGGAUAACGGCGGCCGACCGCGUGUGGCACUCUUUGAAUAUGUUUGGGCAACCCGAUUUCAACACUUGGGGCAAUGGCGAGGCCCUCACUUACAACGAUUGGUCUCCUGGAAAUCCUUUACAAAAGCCUUGGGAGAGUUGCGGCGCUUUCGAAUAUGGAAAGUGGGGUGACGUGCCUUGUACGUGGACAUUGCGAUACGUUUGCGAGUCUUCCCAAAUCGAUCCUUGCGACCCAGACCAGUUUGUUGCUUUCCCCACCGAGAUGCCGUUUGAAGCGGCAGUAUUGGAGUGCAAAAAGAAUGGAAUGACUUUGUCAGUUCCCGAGACAAGACAGGAAAACAUUUGCAUUCAGCGUUUGCUGGACGAGAAAGGUUUGUCGGGCAAGUACGUGUGGAACGGGCUAAACAAACGCGGCGCGAGUAAUUACACCAAGUGGUACAACGACGCGCCACUCACGUACCUUGACUGGAACGUGGGAGAACCUGCCCAGUUUCCAAACGAGCAAUGCGGCCUUCAUUUAUUAUCACAUUGGUAUGAUUUGCCUUGUGAGUGGAACGCCGCCUACGUGUGCGAGAAAACUGUGAUAAAUGACCCAUGCAAAGGCCUCCCAUCCAAAUACAACGUGUCAAGUGAUACGCAGACUUGGGGUGGCGCCCGAGCCGCCUGCAAAAAGCUUGGAGGCGAUUUGGUCAGCAUUGAUAGUGAAAAGGAAAAUAAUUGCGUUCAGGAUAAAAUUGAUUUGGCUGGUAAAACUGCAAGCAUUGUUUUCCACGGGUUGAACAAAAUCGGCCGGAAAAACUAUACCUCGCUGUACAGCGGGGCAAGUCCAGCUUUUACUGACUGGAAAGCAGGCGAACCGGCGCAAUUUACUACAGAGCACUGCGGAGCCACACAGAAUAAGGAUUGGUUAGACACAGCUUGUUCAGGAGCAAACGCUUACGUCUGCGAAUUCCCAGCACCCCUAGACACCUGCGCAAAGUACAAAUUUUUCGUUUCCACCGAUCAAAAACCUUACAAAGAAGCGAUGUUAGAGUGCCUGAAAAGGAAUAUGACAAUCGUUGAUUUGGAAACUGUCGAAGAAAACGCGUGCUUUGGUCAAUUUCUUGCAGAAAAGGGUCUUGAUACGACGCCUGUGACUAUUGGUCUUGACAAAAUUAUGACGAAAAAUCACUCUUUCUGGUCAAACAACAAAACUUUGACCUACACCGACUGGGAUGUCAACGAUCCUGAGUCGUUUGCCUCGGAACAUUGCGUCGUUGCAGAGAAAAAUCAUUGGAAAGACGCACCAUGUACUAGCUCAUACCUCUACGGCUGCGAAUCAAAUGACUUCAAACACCCUUGCGACGGAUUUGGCAACUACAACAUUUCAACAACCUCUAAAUCUUGGAUUCUGGCGAUGGACGAGUGCAAAAAGUUGGGAGGCGGUUUGACUUCAAUGGAGACGCCAGAGGAAAACAUUUGCGUCCGAUACAUUAUUUAUUUGGCGGGCAAAAAGGACGACCGAAUGUGGCACUCGUUAAAUAAAAUGGGAUCGACUUUUUUCACCCACUGGGGCAACGGGGAGCUCCUGACCUACCACGACUUUGGCCCUUCGUACAACCCAGUAGCGUGGACUACCGAACACUGCGGCGCAUUUGAAUCGGGGAUGUGGGGCGAUUUUCCAUGCACAUCAGAACUUCCAUUUGUUUGUGAAUUCAAUCCGGCACCUAAGGAGCUUUGCGUCGAUGGCCAAUUCGAGUUGAAUAUUGAAUCUGUCUCCUAUGACGACGCCAAGAUCAAGUGCAAAUCAAAGGGGAUGCUGCUUGCAACUGCUGAAACCGUCUUUGAAAACUUUUGCGUCCAGAGGGAAAUUUUGAGGAAAGGGCAAAGUGCCGCCUGGGUUUACACCGCCCUGAAUAAGAGGGGUGAACUGAAUUACACUAAAUGGGACAGUGGCGCGCUUUUGACCUACAAUGCGUGGCCUCCAGGAGAACCAUCGGCGUUUGCCACUCAGGAUUGUCUUCUGAAUAUCGAUGGGCAUUGGUAUGACAUUGGUUGCACUCACGCCACAUACUAUGUGUGUGAAAAAGGGGUCAUCGAAGACUUUUGCAAAGGACUACCUUCAACCUUCACCAUUUCUACUGACACGCAAACCUGGGGUGGCGCGAGGACCGAGUGCAAGAAGAAGUCGAUGGACUUGGCCAGCAUCAAGACUGCCAAGGAUCACGCUUGUAUCAAAGAUAAAAUCGCAAUGGCAGGAAAAAGUGGAAGUCUCGUUUUCCACAGUUUGAACAAAAUUGGGCAGAAAAAUUACACGCAGUGGUUGGACGGGACGGCGUUGAGUUUCAGUGCGUGGAAAUCUGGCGAGCCAGCGCAGUUUGCAGAAGAAAACUGCGUCGCUUACUCGAAUGGCGAAUGGAUUGAUACACCGUGCAUGGGGUCAAACACAUAUAUCUGCGAGUCACCCGCAGCCAAAGACAUUUGCUCAAAAUACAAAUUCUUCGUGUCGACUGAAUCAAAAAGCUUUGAUGACGCACGGUUCGAGUGCUUCAAGAAAAACAUGAAUCUGCCAAAUUUGGAAACACCAGAGGAGAACAUGUGUCUGGGACAAUACCUAGCGGGACAAGGGCUUGGAGCAACACAGGCGUGGAUCGGUUUGCAAAAACGCCGAGUGGCAAAUUAUUCAAAGUGGUUGAACGGCGCGGAUCUGAUGUACACAGACUGGGAUGGCAAAAAUCCUGAGGCGUUUGCUUCAGAGGACUGUGUCGUUUUUCAUACCCAACACUGGCACGAUGCACCCUGCGGAGGUGGAUACUUGUAUGCCUGCGAGGGUCAUGAUCCGUUCAAACACCCCUGUGAUGGACAAUCAAAUUACUCGGUAUCAACGGACCCGAAAACCUGGUCGCAAGCUCGGGACGAGUGCAAGAAAUCAAGCGGUGAUUUAGUUUCGAUGGAAACACCAGAGGAAAACGUUUGUGUUCGGUAUGUCAUCUAUCUCGCAGGCAAAAAAGAUGCCCUCAUGUGGCAUUCGUUAAAUAAGAUAGGCGAAAUUUACUACACUCGAUGGGCAAAUGGCGAGCUGUUGACCUACAGUGAUUUCCCAGUCUCGUUUAAUUUGAAAGCCUGGUCAGGCGAACAUUGCGCUGGCUUUGAGAAUGGAAUCUGGGGAGAUAUUCCGUGCGACCUUUCAAUUCCAUACGUUUGCGAAUUCAACCCAUCACCGAAGGAGAUUUGCACUCCAGGUCAAUUUGUAAUUUCAGCAGACUCGCAAACCUAUGACAAUGCAAAACUACAAUGCAAAGCAAACGGCAUGGAAAUUGCCUCAGCAGAGACGCCUGAACGGAAUUUUUGCAUUCAGAGAUUGAUUUUGGCUGCUGGUCUUCACGGCACUUAUAUGUUUUCUGGCCUGACAAAAAUUGGCGAGACGAACUACACCAAAUGGGCCAACGGGGCACCUUUGACCUACUUGGACUGGCCCCCAGGAGAACCGGCGCAAUUUCCGUCCGAGGAAUGCAUGAUAUUUUGGUUAAAUCAUUGGUAUGACUGGGCCUGCUGGGGUUCAACAAGAUAUGUUUGCGAGAAAAAUAAUACCGGCUUAUAAAAUGAACGGGCUCUUCUUGCUCCCUCCAUGUCGCAAGCCUGCUUCCAAAUUUCCACAGUCAACACAUGUUGCCCAGAGCUUAGAGUGACCAAUCUUGAAAAAAUUUUAAAUUCAACUUUUACGUGCUUGAAAAAUAUUGUAAAAGAAACCUGGCCAAAUUCAAAAUCAUGUGCAAAUCGUCACCAGUGAAAUUUUUGUCCUUCUGACGCAUUUCCACAAAAUGUUCUUGAAUUUUCUAAAUAAAAUAAUAUUUUACAAUUCGA